AUGGCCAAUCUGCGCUUUCUUCAUCUGCUUUUGACUCUGUUCCUGCUCUCUAUUGGUUCUCGUGCUUUCUCAAUAAACCGAAUCGAAAACCGAGCUGCUGACACCUCUUGCGCCAAGACGUCAGACACAAGCAACACUGAUGACGACUCUGACAAUAAGAAUGUCAAGAUCAACUACUCCACUAAGGCUGGCGAGACAUGCACUGCAGAACAGAAAGGAGAAAUUGAAACUGAGUUCCGAAAUGCCAUUGCAAUGGUCAACGCUGCAAAGGCAGAUUGGAGCAAGGACGGCUAUGAGGAUAUCUUCUUCGCCGAGGCAGCUCAGAAGGCGCCCAAAUACAAGGAUACUGUCCAUGACACAUUGACGCGCAUCACGGAGAUGCUUGAUGGAACCGUUCAAGCGAAGGAUUACACACUCACUGUGACCUGCGCCGGUUCUGCCAAGUCCUGUUCGAAGUUUGUUGCAUUCAUGAAGCAAGCGGAUAAGACUCACGGCACUCUCAAUGUCUGCGACCACUUCUUCGACAAGAACAUCGACCGCACCCAACAGCGCUACGUCGACACAACAAAGAACCGCCUUGAACAAUGCGAAAACGGCUCGCUGGACCUUCGAGACGCCCAGCGCUCCCGUGCUGGUGUACUGGUUCAUGAGUCUAUUCACACCUCCUACGCCAUGGGCGGCCCGGAUCCAGGCGAGGAUAUUGCUUAUGGUCUUGACGCUGCCCGUCUGCUUGCAAUGGGCACCUUUGACAGACGGUGUGGAAACGGUCCCGCGAUGCGUGCGCUGACGAGCAACAAGCCACUGUGUGGAAAGACACCCCAGGAUCCCAAGACCGAAGAUGGUCUGUGCAAGCCAGAGCUGUGUAUGCAGAACCCGGAUUCGUGGUCUUUCGUGGCGACCGGUAUCUGGUUUAGCGAGCAGUGUAAAAAGAAGAUUCAGUUACCCACAGAGGAUGGUGGAAAGACCAACGUCGGUAUUUCUUCCAAGGGCAAGUCGAACGAUAACAGCGCCGAGUCACAUUGCAAGGGCUACAGUACUGGCACUGCGGCUUUCCCGUUCGAUUAA